AUGACAACAACAUCUGAUUCCAAUAUUCCAAAUGCAUGUAUUACGGCGUACGCUCUAUCACACCAUCCAAUAUACAGAAUUUCUCAGAUCUAUCAAUUUGUCAUUCUGACUUUGGCAGUCUGUCCAUUGGUCUAUUUUAUAUUUUUCAAAAUAAUAAGAUCCAGAUUUCACGGAAACUUGAAGUUCAUCCAAGUCGUGAUCCCAUUGAUUGUUUCCAAUGAGUGUGAUUUAAUAAUCAAUCCUUUCUACUAUAGAAUUGGGUGCAUAACUGGAUCACUUCUCAUGACUCUCCCUACAUUUUUCCCUAUUUCCAUCACAAUCGAAAGAUUUUUCGCAACAAAAAUGGCGAAGAGUUACGAAAAAACUCCAGUUAUGUUGGGUCCAAUUCUGACAGUUUCAGUUAUGUUCUCCUUUUUCUGGAUGAUGCUUGCUCUCAAUAUCGUCAAUUUCGUUUUUAAUUUCUUCCUUCUCAACAAGAAUUCUAGACUCAAAAAAUCAAAUUCCACGUUGACAGCCAGAUAUCAACUAGAAGAAGUGUACUUAUCCACAAAGUUUGCGAUUUCUGUCAUUUUCGUUCAUGUUAUUUUCUUUGGAAUCUACGUCUCUCUUACUAUUUUAUCACGAUAUUUUGGAGGAUUUAUCAUUGAAGACCCAAUAAACUUAUCGGCUGUAAGAGGAGCUCUAAUGACUAUGAUAGCUACAUAUAACUUGAUUAUUGGAAUACUGGCUGUAUAUUUGUAUAAAAGAAUUCAAAUCAAGAAAUCAGUUGAGAUAAAUGGAAAAAUUCAAAUGAAAUCAACUGGGAAAGCUGGAGCUAGAAAUUACGAAAAUGCAAUAUUCAGUAUCUGGAACUCAACUUCCAGUGUCACAUCGAGGCCUACAAAUGUUCGAUAA